AUGCUCAAUGAGUCGUGGCCCCUCCAGUCAGGAAGCAGCAGCGGAGAGCUCUCUGGAUCAGGAGAGGCCCAGGCCCAGGCCCUGUGGUGGGGACACCACCUGCAGGUGGCGCUGGUCAACACGGUGGCCUUCAGGGGCAUCUGGCAGAAGCAGUUUCUGUUCACCAACUCCCAGAACCUGCCCUUCAUCCUGUCUGAUGGGACUCCCAUCAAGAUGCCCAUGAAGUACCAGGCUGCAGAGGUCAGCUUUGGUCAGCUCAGGACGGGAUCGGAUCAGCGCUACACGGUUCUGGAGCUGCCGUUCCUGGGCCGCUCCCUGAGCCUGCAGGUGGUUCUACCCAGCGAGAGGAAGACGCUACUGUCCUCCCUGGAGGCUCAGCUCACACAGCGCCACCUAGCGUCCUGGGUCACCGGCCUGCGCAGAACCAGGAUGGACAUCUUCCUCCCAAGAUUCAGAAUGCAGAACAAGUUCAACCUGAGGUCGGUGCUCCCCGCUAUGGGCAUCAGCGACGCCUUCAACCCCACAGCAGCCGACUUCACCGGGAUCUCAGUGGAGGAGGGUCUCUAUGUGUCUGAUGCCUUCCAUGAAGUCAGGAUAGAAGUCACGGAGGACGGGACCAAAGCAGCUGCUGCUACUGCGAUGGUCCUCCUCAAAAGAUCCCGAGCUCCAGUUUUCAAAGCAGAUCGGCCGUUCUUAUUUCUACUGCAACAGGUUCACACAGGUAUUUACUUCACAUCAUACAGAUGUUUUCAAUGUUUUAGUCUAGAAAAGCACCCUAGUCAGGGUAUGCUGUUUGACAUUUUAGUUUUAGUAUGAAAAUAAAUAGAUCUUUGAAUGAGUUGCACUGAUCAGACACUACAGAAAUACUCAGUGGAGCAGACAGGUUUGAGCUGAGCAUCAACAGGUGACCUAUCCUUGAGCUCCUGGAGGGUUUUUGUGAACAGAAGCUUUGGAACACGUGUGUGAAUUACUCCUGUUGGACCUUCUCUCUCAGAAGUUUAAAAAUGAAAUUAAUAAAUAAUCUGUUUCUGUUCUGUGAUUCAU